AUGGCUGAUGAGGGAAACUUCCAGAGCGAAGAAAUCCAAGGAGCAACGAAGAGGCUCCUGCUGAAAAUAAAAAAUGAAAAAAAAAAUGAAGAAAUAAUAAAAAAAACUAUUGACGAGUAUAAGCAAACGAUAGAAGUAAUAUCCACCUUAACAAAGAAACUUAAUCACAGAAUUAUAAUCCCAUUUUCGAAAGUAGCUUUCUAUGAAGGCGAAAUCAAAUAUACAAAUAAUAUAUACCAGGACAUCGGCUGCAACACGUACUGCGAAAGGACAACAGAAAAAGCGAAAGACCUUUUAGAAAGAAAAUUAAAAUUUUAUCAAGACAAGUAUACCAUUGUGCAAGAGUCAUUAACCAAAUUGACAAAAGAAUUGGAUCUUUCCUUGGAACUUAAUUUUCACUCGAAUUAUGAGAAAGAGGUGGCACGUUCGGGGGAAGAUAUAAACAACGUGUUUGUUCGUCCCGAUGGCUUUCUAGAAAUUAGGGAAGAGUAUCACGAGAGUGAUGACGAGCGAGAUUUGGACCAGGUGGGGAAACAAAGGGAGCACCCAAAAAGUGGAGUUAAGAACGAAGGGGAAGGACAAAAAAGGGAGCACCGUGGUGGUGGGCUUCACAGUGGUGGCCCUCAUACUGGUGCGCUUCAAAGUAGUGCACUUCAUAGUGGCAUACCCUACCCAGGCACACAACGAGGUGGAAGAAACAUCCCUGUCCUGAAGGGUGUUGCUGCGGAGGGCCGAACAAUUUCGCCAAGAAACCUAACUGAAAAGAAGCAACAUUGGCAGGAGGAGAUACAGGAAGGUUCUGCCAAUAUGGGCCGCAAUUCACCCAAAGGAAACUCUUUAAAUGUGAACAAGGAGGGGUUUUUAAAUAUAAAGGAAAACUACAGCAGCAGUGGCAGCGACUGUGAGGAGUGA